CACUUGACUCGUGAACAGUUGGGACACUGACUUGGACUGAGUGGUUGUGGUUGUGGUGAGGGAUGGGGUUAGGGAUGGAGUAUAUGUUACAUAAGUUGAGGCGAAAUGUGGGCAAAACUAAUUCACUGCAGAUAAUAGUGUUGGCGAUCGCUAUUCACUCGUGUGUCUCCGUUAUUAUGAUUUAUAUUCAUUUGGUUUACUAUUUUGACACACAUUUCAGUAAACAUCAUUCAGAGCACAAUCACUCAAACAUCGGUCAAAUCGUAUACAUUAAAAGCGAUGAAGAAUUUGGCUUAAAUUUGAUUCAUAACGAUAUGAUUAAAUCCAAUAAUAUAUCAGAUAAGGGAUGGUUCAGCGAUCACUCCAAAUGGAUUGUUUCAGUCAAUUGUUUCAAUAAUCAGUGGUCUCUUUGCUCUCAAAUUUUGUCGACGCAAUGCAAAGCAGACAGGAGUCGAGCGAUGUAUCAAUUCAUACCAAUCAGACAUGAUAUCGAUUUAUACGAUAUUAACGUCAGUUUAAGAGCCACUGCUGACCAACUCGUGGAACAGAGCAAUCAGGCCUUCUAUGGGAUGUUAGUCUACAUUAAAUUUGAUGACAAUUCACAUGAAAUUAUUAGACUACAAUUUCCGUCGGAAUUAGAGCUCUGGACUCAAAGAAAGAGUCGAUUCCACAACAAAUUGAAGAAAAGAAUUGAAUCCAUUACUCUUAUGAUCACAUGUUUUGGUUAUUCGGGAUCCGUUUCUUUCACUGAUAUCAAAGUCUCGCCAAUACUUGAAAAGAGUCAAAUAGAGACGAGUGAUGGGAUCGGUCGCUGGUGUCAUAACACAUAUAAACCCAUCGAUAUAACUGAUAAUUUGAGAUACGAACCAAUGGUCAUCUCUUUAGUCCCUAUUCAUAGAACUCGUCAAAAAUCUGAUGUGACUUUUGUCACUCAGCUAUCAAUGGAUAGGUUAAUAGUGUUGGAGCGAAGUCUGCAGUCAUGGGUGGGACCCGUCUCUAUAGUUAUAUUCAUUCCCCUCAAGAAUGUUGGCGAAGGUAUACAAGAGUGGCACAGACUUUAUAUAUCAAAGAAGUUGAAAAUUUUGAAUCUAACGCAUGAAAGUCACGUGAAUCUGGUGUCAGGACUCGAGAGCGACGAAUAUCCUAUAAAUGCAUUGAGAAAUAUAGCCAUAAAACACGUGAAAACAAAGUUUAUGUUUAUAUCGGACGCAGACUUUCAGCCAUCGCCUGACUUUAACAAUAGAUUUAUGUCUAUAUUUUCCAAACAUGAAUAUACAUCGAGAACAGCGUUCGUUGUGCCGGCUUUUGAAUAUUUAGAAAGCCCUCAAAAAGAAGACCCGAUUCCUAAAACAAAGGAAGAAUUCAUGCAAUUAAUACAUAGAGAGGAGCCAAUGGUUCAGCCAUUUCGAGUGUUAGAGUCGGCGGACGCGCAUCGGUUGACAAACUACUGGAAAUGGUAUUACGCAACACAAACCUAUCCAGUGAUGGGCUUUCUUGACAAAUACGAGCCCUAUAUAGUCGUCGAGUAA